UUAUUCUAACUUCACAUGUUUUCUUUCAUCCAGUCAGGUCAAUUCAGUGAGGAUAUGAUCCCCACGGUGGGCUUCAACAUGAGGAAAGUGACUAAAGGUAACGUCACAAUAAAGAUCUGGGACAUCGGCGGGCAGCCCCGGUUCCGGAGCAUGUGGGAGCGGUACUGCAGGGGGGUCAACGCCAUCGUUUACAUGAUAGAUGCUGCAGAUCGCGAAAAGAUAGAAGCCUCGCGAAAUGAACUACAUAAUCUUCUAGAUAAACCACAGUUACAAGGAAUUCCAGUGCUGGUCCUUGGAAACAAGAGAGAUCUUCCUAACGCCUUGGAUGAGAAACAGCUAAUUGAAAAAAUGAAUCUGUCUGCUAUUCAGGAUAGAGAAAUUUGCUGCUAUUCAAUUUCUUGCAAAGAAAAGGAUAAUAUAGAUAUCACACUUCAGUGGCUUAUUCAACAUUCAAAAUCUAGAAGAAGCUGAAAAGCGCCUCCUGAAGUCUUCAGUCCUUCCUGGCUACGACCCUAGAAUUAUUGUCCGUUCCUCUGAAGCACCUCCCAAAAUACGGUCCCUCCUAAACCCAAGAAAUGGCCUUUUUCAGAGUUUAUUUCUCAUGUGCACUGCUGAAGAUGUGUAUCCCUAAUCCUUCAUAAAGAAUCAGCUAGAGUUGUCAUAAUAAAGUCAGCACACACAAAAAGGCUUCUCAUACACACUCGUCUCACACGGUGUGUAGAGCUGUUUUUAAAAAAACACACACUUUUGACCAUCUUAUAUCAAGAAAAUUGCAUAUUUCUGUUCUGGUCUUUCUGGGCCAGGUUUUUAUAUUGGUUUUCGGUAAAUGUCUACCUAUGAUAUUUCAUUAUAGAGUCCAGUAGCUUAAUACUGAUACUGACGAUACAGCAUGGAGUGUCUAGUGCCACACAGUAUUUAGAAAAACUUUAGCCUGACUCAUGUGGGAUAUAAACAUAAUGUUUACGCAUCCCGCAAAUGCAUGUGAAAUGUAUAACUACACCUUAGGAAUUCAAAAAAAAAAAUGGUCUGCAGAGAGUGAGCAGAGGCAGCAGAUCUGGUUCUUUACACUGGCGACAUCUCACAUGAUGAGUUUCAAAAACAUUCUGCUUUCUGAGAAUUCUUCCCCAGAUAGCAGUUGGGGGCAUGGGAGGAACUAAGGCAUGCUGUUUUGUAUCUGUCCUGAUCAUUACUUAAUUACUUCUAUAUUUCUUCUUCUUCUACUUCUUCUUCUUCUUCUUUUUUUUUUUUUUGCUGGUUCAACACACUUUUUUAAGGGGUUGGGAAUUAAAGAUUUUCUCAAAAGCUUUCAUGAAUUUAGAGCAUUCCAGCCGAUAUAAUAAAACCGUGUUAAGAAUGUCGGACUUCGUUCAAACAUCUGUUCGUUCUUUCUGUGCCCAGCCGUUAGCAACUCCUGACUUUUUAUAUCCAGUCUUGAAGUUGACUUUCAGCACAAGAGAGAUUUACAAACGAAAAUGCUUAUUCUUCUCUCUUACUGACGUAAGGUUUGGCGCUCUUUCGCCUGGUGCCAGUAGACCUUGAUUAUUGUGACAACUCUGGACCUGCCUGCUUUACCUAAUGUGGUCGUGCGGCCCGUCCACGGGUUGUGCAGUGAUGGCACACAGAGCUGAGUCGCGGCUGCUCGUUGCUGGCCUCUGCGAUACGGAGAUGUGUAAGCUUAACAUGAACAUGUUGUGUAGCGUAGUGAUCUCUGUAUCCACGAAGGGACAUAUUUCUACCGCUUCUCCCGUAAACUGUUCACAUAGGCCACCGGAGCAGAUGACACGCGAUGGUACACCUGCUCGGUGCUGCCUCACACCGUGUGUGAUCUCGUUUCUUUUGUCAAGCAGCACCCAGGCGGACGGCGCAUCCCCAAACGCGUGAGCCCUCAGCGCAGUCGGCAGCGAGCUCUGUGGACAGGGACACUUUUAGUGUAUAGACUCCCACGGCCUUAACGAUGCCUGUACAAAACACUGCGCUGUGUUGCACAGACACUGCUUGUGUUUCUCUGGUCACAUUUUUAUGAGUAGAAUGUCGGCAUUUAAAAUUCUGUUCUUCGAAGCAUGUUGCAUAUUCCAGGUGGGAUGGAUGGUUCUGUCAAUGAAGGGAUAUUUGAACUUGCUGCUGCAGUUCGACACCAUUAGUGGUCGCUGUGAACCAUCACCAAGAAAGUGGCGAUUUGCUUGUGCCUAAGAAGGAGGAAUCGGAACUAGAACGUGUGACUACGUGGGGACCACGCGGGUCCGCGAACGACCUGUAGCUAAACCUUAAUGCUCGUGUGUCUGCUCAUCGCUUUCAGCAUUUUAAGACCCAGACACUACUGACGCUUUCCUGUGCGUUAACCUCUGCAUGUGAAAACUUAACAGUUACCGAACUUUGUAAAUACGUGAAUUUUUUUAUUUAGGUGGAUGCGUUUUUCGUCUGUUUACUGCUCUUCUCAGCUUUAUUCAAUAAACUUGCAUUUUGAGGGUUGUAUUGACAAUUUUAACUGAAAACGUGCAUCGUGAUGGAAGCUGCUGACUUUUUUGGAAGGGGGUGGAAAGAAAGUUACCGUGACCAGGGUCCAUUGACCAUGUACGAGAAAGAAAUCAGCUCAGCUCUCAACGAAUUGGGUCUGUGGGCUAGUUAAAACAAAUAAACUUUUAAAAUAGCCACAUGA